AUGCGCCUCACAUGGAUCCUCGCCAUGGUGUUAGCAGCUACUCUCCAGGCCAAUAGCAUUGCUCUCCCCGCGGCCAAAGGCACUAAUGCCAUGUUCGAGAACGUGCCAUCGCCUGAUGUCGCUGAUUCAGUCCGUGCAGGCGGCGGACGAUUGUUAACACGUAUCGAGAAACCUGCGUCAAACGAAGAUGCGAUCGAAGAAGAGAGAUUUUUUUCGAGGUUUAUGCGGUGGUACAAGCAUAGAGCGAGUUUGAGGGCUGAAAGCAAGCACGCAAAGUGGCUCGCAGAGAAGUCCAAGGAGAUUAUUGGCAAGUAA